CCACGCAGCAAAACAACAUCACUUAAAUCCAGAUAUAACAAGGAUGUACCGAAGAACUGUAAGCUUUAAUGCAGUAGCUAUUUCAGCUGCAGCUAUAAUAAAAGUGUCUUCGGGUGUAAAGGGUUAAAAGUCUUACAUAAAAGAUCACAUUUUACUUCAGCAUUUAUUCAAAUUGGCUAUCCUCAAGCAUGUCUUCGAUGGAUUUCGCAACCGAAUUUUUCAUACGAUAAUCAAUAUUGUAUUCUUAAUAUUUUACAUAAUAUUUCUCGACAUAAAAGUGGUACACAAAUUUUGAAUAAACAAAAUGCAUUAGAAACACUUCGUGAUUAUAGACCUCAAAUUGUUUUAAAAUCAUCAGCAUUAUCUCGAACACAAUAUUCGGAUUUAGCCGUACUCUUUCGCAUGAUCUAUGCACUUUUGCUUGAACCGGAUGAAUUGAAAAAAUCUGUAAAAUCACUGAACCAAUUUUUUAUGUACUAUCCGUUUCAAUUCUAA